CUAUCGUUAAACAUUUAUUAUGUUUGAGUAAAUAACUAACGGAAAUCGUUUCACGUGGAUUGAUAUAGAAACUCGAUACGUCAUGUGAUCUGGUGCGAUUAUCAUCAUCGCCACUCGUUUAGACCGAGUCCGUUCGUGUCGUGUCGAAGAGAAAAAUCAAACACUCGUCGUCUGUUUUAUGUGUGCACACAUAUUGUAACAUUUUUUUCGUUUUGUUUCACGUUGUUUUAUUUUCUAUAUAUUUUUUUUUGUUUUUUUCGUUUCACGAAGAAUUACGGUGCGACGGUCUGAAAAUUCUGCUCGUCUCAUCAGUAUAGACUCGGUAAGCAAUGUAAACGACACACGCAUAUAUUAUUCAGCGAAUGCGAAACGUGCGGUAUGACAAAUGAAAAAAAAGUUUUCAUCGAAUCAGAAAAUAAAAAAUUGAAUCAAAAAAAAUAUACAAAGAAUCGCUCGUGCCUUGUGUGCAAGUUUCACAGGGAUAUACGAUCAGUUAUCGAACACGAUACCGUAAAAAAGACGAAGUAAAUUAUGAAUAAAUAUCCGCACCGUGGGUGUUAAAAAAAUGACGAAACGAGGGUACCCUGCAUACAUGCCAUUGGAAGUGAUCUAUUGUACUCCACGAUUCACGUAUAGUUAUGGAGGAUAGUACGAGCGUGAAGUCGAUGGAAUCAGUGACAACAAGCGACGAGUAUGAAUUUGUGAACGAAAAAGGUACAAUUAAACAACAGCAAACAAUAGAGCCGCCUACUCUUAACAUUGCCAACAACGGCAACUUAGAAGACCUACAAAAUAACCUGCGGGAGGUGCUUACAGAGGACUCUAAAAUGGAGAAUGAAGUUCAAAUUACACCUUUAACGGUCAGGCAACAAAAUGAUGAGAAAAUUAAAUAUGUUGGGCAUAGUAAAUUUUACGAAACUACUCCAAACAUGGUAGCUCCAGAAAAACAAGAUCCCAUGAAGCCAGAUGAUUAUGUCGAAGAAGAAGUUUUUCCAGUAUCAAACGUCCAACAGGAGUGCACGAUGUUUAAUGGUGUUACUUACCUGGGUUCUGCUGCUAUCAAUGCACCUAAAUCUGAGGGAGAAAUUCAAAGGAAUAUGGCAAUAUUAUAUGCUGAGCAAGCACCCAAUUUGGCAAUAAAAGUGUCCAUCUCUAUACCGAGUUGUUCACAAGGCAGCGUUGUCCUAUAUGAUGCUGCUACACAACAAGCAAUGGUCCACUAUGAAGUCCAGCGUAUAUUAUUUUAUGCACGUGGUGAGGCCACUGGCUUAUGUGCAGCGUGUUUUGCUUUUACGUGGUCUCAUGGUGAUACCUUAGAAUCCGCUAUUUUCCAGUGCCACGUCUUCCGUUGCGAUAUACCAGAAGCUGUUGGUCAAGUAUCUGCAUGUUUUGCUAAAGCAUUUCAAAGAAUCCCUCGUUCAAUGACAAGUUCAUUGACAGGCAGUGACUUCAAUGGAUUCAAUGCUGGUAGUGAAAAGAGCAAUUCUCGUGUCUUCAUUUUCGAAGUCACAAUGGAAGUGAAAGAAGAGGAUGGCAAAGGAGGAUUUAGCACGGUGCCAAAGGAUAGGAAUUGCUUCAAAUUCAGAUGCAAUGUAGCUAAGCAAGUUUGUUUCAGCAUCCAGCAAGUCUCAAGCAAAGAAGGAGGAAUUACUCUUGAAGUUGAAAGGUGUUUUGGAGUACUAGUCAGUCCUGGUCGUAACGUAAAGCACAGUGACAUGCGUUUGCUGGAAAUGCAGGCCAACAUGGGUCCUAUUGGACAUGAUAAACAGUGCUAUAAUAUCUAUGGUCUUUGGGAUCCAGAAGAUCCAGCAUUACAAAGUUUAAAUGUUGAAAUACCAAAGGAGGGUGAAAUUUUCAUGACAGUUGCUGUUGAUCUUGUAAUUCGGGGGAUACGAGAACCGGUGCGUUUCGUAAUUGAAACACCUGUAAAAAUUUAUCCACAAAAUGAGAGAUUCUGGUACUUUAAUAAGCGAAAUUUGGUACAACAGUUUUUUCUCAAUUCAAAAGAGAUUAUACCUGCUGAUGGAUCUGAUGUACAUUACGAAGUUCAAAGUAUAGAAACGUCCGGAGAGUUGGACAGAAAUCGUUUGAAUCUAGCUUUAAACUUAGCAUCUUUAAUCCGCUCACCGUCUAUCACAAGCAUAGACACUUUGACUCCUAAAGAAGAAAUCGAUUCAGAUGGGGAUGAACCAAUGUUGAGUGGUACAGGUGAAGUAUCUAAAGAUUGUUCUGCUGAUGAGCUGGCGAAUUGGGCAGAGGUUUUAGACACGUGGCAAGUAAACGAGCAACGGCCUAAGCUUCUGAUAAAACUAACUAAGUUGGGAAUCCCCGAAGCACUCAGAGCAGAGGUCUGGCAAAGAUUGAGCAAUUGUGACAACUCGCAGGAGAUGAUGGACAAGUAUCGAAUGUUGAUCACGAAAGAAAGCAGCUGUGAGGGUGUCAUAUUACGAGACAUUAAUAGAACAUUCCCAGCUCAUGAUUUCUUUAAGGAAACGGGUGGUUUGGGACAAGACUCACUUUAUAGAAUAAGCAAAGCAUAUGCGGUUCACGACAAAGAAGUCGGAUACUGCCAAGGUCUCAGUUUUCUCGUUGCCAGUUUACUAUUGCAUAUGCCAGAGGAACAAGCCUUUUGUGUCUUGGUUAAGUUGAUGUACGACUACGGCCUUCGAGAUUUAUAUAAGGAUAGAUUUGACAAUCUUCACAUGCGGUUCUACCAGUUAAAUCGACUUAUGGAGGAUCAAUUGCCGGAACUUUAUAAACACUUCUGUGAUCGUGGUGUGGAGACUCAUAUGUUCGCAGCCCAGUGGUUUCUAACACUAUUCACAGCUAGAUUUCCGUUGUAUCUAGUCUUUCACAUUUUGGAUGUGUUUUUGCUCCAAGGUUUAGACACUUUGUUCCAAGUGGCUCUUGCACUCUUAAUGCUGUGCAAAAAAGAGUUGCUGCAAUUAGACUUUGAAAGUAUAUUAAAAUUCUUCAGAGUUCACUUGCCAAAGCGUUGUCGCAACGAAGAAGUUUCACGAUACGUUAUGAAACUAGCUUGUUCGGUGACAUUGAAGAAGCUGAAGAAAUAUGAAGCAGAAUUCAUGACACUCAAAGAAGCACAAGAAAAUGCAGAUGAAUACAGUAAUGAAGUCGAGCAAUUGCGAGGAACUGUGGCGAGAAGUGAAGAAGAAAAGCAACGACUUGAAACUGAACUGGGACAGGUGAAGGAAAUGCUACAAAGAGAGGUAGCUAAAGCUUGCACGGAAAGUCGUCGAAGUGGUGUAAUUAUUGCUGAAUACAAACAGAUUUGUCAACGAUUGGAAGAAGAUCACAAUGCUGCAAAAUUGGCUUUAAAUGAGUUACAUUCCAAGGUAUCUAAGUGUGAGCAGUGUAGUAGCAGCAUCGCACAACCUCUCAAAAUUCUACCAGAUUCCUCAAAUCACUUGGAGAAUCGUAUCGAUCCAAUGUUAUACAGAGCUCAGGAGAGAGUACGUGAGCUUGAAUUGGAAUUAGCGCAGACGAAGCUAGCUCAGGUUGAGGCUGAAUGUAGAAAUCAGGAUCUGACACAUCAACUGCAUGCUGCAGCUUCAGAGCUUCAAGCUGCGAGAAACAGUUGGCCAUGGCUGAGUAAAACUUUGUCUAGCAUAAAAGAAGCAGCUAAUAAACGAGAAGCAGUCGCUCCAGGAAUUUUAAGGCGCGACAGUGCGCCGGGAGGUGAUAUACGACACACGAUACAUUCUCAAAGUCGUGACAAUCUUAAAGAAGUUGUGUGAAUCGCAUAUGACCGGAAGGAGUUCCAAGUCCAGAAACAAAAUGCUGUGCAAAGCACAUGUGGCUAGAACUCUGUAUAUCAAAGUAGUUAACUGAUAAGCUAACUAAAAAUAUAUAAUAUGUACACAUGCAGGAUUCCACAUGAUACGUUAUAAAUCAACACAAAGACAUUAUUGCUAGGGAAAGUUAUAAGUUAUAAUAAUGAAACCAAUCAUUUUUCAUUAAUACGCUACCAUUAGGUUGAUUCUAAAAAACAAUUCAAUAUAUAUUGUUCCGGGAAAUCAAUCAUCUUGUAGUUGCCAUAGUAGAUUAUUAAUUUGUGAAUAAGUAAUCUCAAUUACUCAUUUUUGUUACUAAAUUUAUCAUUUUGCACAUUUAAAAUAUAUUCUCAUAAGAAAUGUAACACAUAGAAAACAUCCAAGACAUUAGGGAGUAGCGUUAUACGUGUUUUAUAACAAAAAACAAAACAAAAAAAUUAGUUUCAACAUUCUUGACUGUAUCUAACAAAAAAAUAAUUCCUUGUGUACAACCUAUGAACUGAUAAGAAAUAACACUCAUAUCCAGGAAUUAUUUCUGAUACUUCUGUGGUAAAAAUACAUCCACUAUUCUGAGGGAAUAUUACGAGAUGGUUCUUCAUUUGGUAUGGACAUGCAUAGGUGUAAACAAGAGCAACCCAUGAAAACGCUAAUUUAAGUUUCAGAUAUCAAUCUACGUUUCUCAAUAUUUAAUUAUCGGCGUUAUAUAAGGGCCUUUUUUAUGCAUUAUUUUUUACAAUGUAUCAAAUACGUCAUGACAAAAUAUUUCAACCACGUGAUUCCUAGUACAGCUUACAAUUAGUGAGGAAACACUUUCUCCCCAAUAUUGAAUUACUAAAUAUAUUCUAUGCAAAUCGCACCUUUUCUUUAAAUCUAGCUAAAGUAGAUUUGGUCAUUUCUUUAUUUUUUGUACUGUCAUACAUAGAAAAAAAAUUUUAUGUUUUAAGUUGUGCUUUCAAUUUUUUAUUCAAUUAAGAAACGAAGCAAACAAGUGGCGAGAUGAGACGCGGAUGAUUUAGACAGUAUUUCUUGAGAUGGAGUUGUUUGAUAGGGACUUAAAAAAAUAUUUUGAAAAACCAGUUCUAACUAUAUCAUUGAUUUUCAUUAGUUCUAACGAGUUUUGUAGAGGUGGUCGUAUUUACAAAGAAAGAAGAAAAUUGAUAUUAGAAUCAUCUGCAAUCGCUAAUUGAGAUUGGUUGAUGUGCAGAAUUGGAGAGAUUAUCGUGUACUUAUGUAUGAUAGACAAUGCGUUACAGUAGGGUUUGAAAAGUGCGAUUGCAUCUCUGGGACUGGAUAGAAAUGGAAAAUUGAUCUGAAUACCUUGUUUAAUGAUUCCAGUUCACAUUGCUUGGUUAUUAAAUAUUCUGUAGCAUUUUUCUGUAAAGCUUAACGUGUUUCAUACAGUGAGAAUUUUCUUUGAAAAUGUACACGUGGCACACACACAGACACACCGAUAUGAUCAUUCAACCGAUAGCAUUAUGAGUCACUUGAACCAAUUACAACUCAGACGAACUGUAUAUAUUAAUAUAAAAAGAAAUCAACUAAUCAUUCAAAAACUAUAAUGAUGACGUUGAUACAUGUUACCUUGUAUACCUUGUAAUUUUAUUCCACCGCUAUUGAAAUAAACAAUACGACUGAGUAAAAUA